CAGGAGGUACUGUCUGCUCCUUUCGCCCGUCAGACUGUCAGGAGAGCACAUGGCCUACGGUCAGGAGCCCACUCCACACUCUUCAACCAGCCUCCCACUGCCCUGUCUCCACAGGUUUGGAGGGGCGCCCCCUCAUGGCAUGGCCAGAGACUGUUGUGUUCCUCAGCUGCUCCAGAGGAGGUGACAGUGGCAUAUCAGAACGGGCUGCCGGUUAUCUCAGUCAGUUUGCCGUCCAGGCGAGAGCGCUGUCAGUUCACCCUCAAGCCUCUCAGCGACUGUGUGGGAGUUUUCCUGCAACAGCUCCAGGCAGAGGACAGAGGCAUCGACCGGGUAGCCAUCUACUCCACGGAUGGAGCGAGGGUUGCCUCUUCCACUGGCAUAGACAUCUUGCUGCUGGAUGAUUUUAAGCUCGUCAUUAAUGACACCACACACCUCGUGCGGCCACCAAGGAGAGAGCUGCUCCCCCAUGAGGAGGCAGAUAGGCUGAACGACGUCAAGUUUCUCGUGCAGCAGCUCUACACCACCCUGCGCAUCGAGGAGCACCAGCUGGGCAAAGAACGUGAGCUGAUCGGACGACUGGAGGACCUCAACUCUCAACUCCGCCCCCUGGAGAAGGUGAGGGAGGAGUUGAGUAAGAAGGCAGAGCGGCGUACCACCUGGGUGCUGUGGGGCGGCAUGGCGUACAUGGCCACCCAGUUUGGCAUCCUGGCCAGGCUCACCUGGUGGGAGUACUCCUGGGAUAUCAUGGAGCCCGUCACCUACUUCAUCACUUACGGCACAGCCAUGGCCAUGUACGCCUACUUCGUGCUUACACGCCAGGAGUAUGUUUACCCCGACGCCAGAGACAGACAGUAUCUGCUGUUCUUCCACAAGGGGGUGAAAAGGACACACUUCGACAUUGAGAAAUACAACAAGCUGAAGGAUGAUAUCGCUGAGGUGGAGUUGGAUCUGAAGCGUCUUCGGGACCCGCUCCAGCUCCAGCUCCCAGUUCAGCAGCUCACCGCCAGUAAAGAUUGAUGGGAAGAGUGACUCCCUUCUCUCUCAGCUCCUACAGCCCUCCUCUUCCCUCCUUCCCCCCUGCUCCCUUCCCCUUGUACCCCCAAAUAUUUCCUCAGACUCUCCCCUCCCACACCCAAUAAUCCCAUCCCUUUCUUGACUGUGGGAGUUAGUUUUUUCUCCUCGUUUUUUAUUUUCUUUUCUUUUUUCCUUUUUACUUUCCUGACUAAAAACUCCAGUUGGAAUUGCAAGUAAAAAUCGCUAAAAGACAAAGAUGGAUGGUGAGAAUACCGGGAACUGAAAAACUCUCACAACCAAAGGAUGGUGACGAUGAUGAAAGGGACAGUGAUGGAAUGAAACUGGGCGCUAUUGAUAUGCCUCAAGUCUCCCAAAGGACAGCCUGCAGGGAACUACAGGGGGCAAACAGGAAUUAUCACACCUCUAAACACUCCAGAGCAGAGCACAUGCAGAGGGGCAGUGUGUGUGUGUGUGUGUGUGUGUGUGUGUGUGUGUGUGUGUGUAUGUGUGUAUGUGUGUGUGUUUGUGUAGGACUUCAGGGCCCACUGGGACACUCUGCCGGCCGACACAGAGGUGUAGUCCUGCUUCGUCAAGCAGUCAAACUGUCAACACACACACCUAGUCUUGGUUGGGGCAGGCUCCAGGGAGGGUCUCUAUCCCACACGUUAAAAGUUUACAAGGAAGUCCUGACAGUCGCAUCAUCAGGGGGACCUUUGUCUGCCUGUGGCUGAACUCUGCUGCCUCUCCCUCCCUGGGCUGCGCCUUCUCCAGGUGAUGGACAGCUGUCCCUCCCAGUGUGACCUUUGUCAGGAGUCUGGCAGGAUAUAGGCAUGACGACGCCUCGUUUCCUCUUCCUGUUGAUGUCCUGUAGCUGCCCAGUCUGUCUGCGCAAGUAUGAGAGUACAACCGACAACAACAUCACUGUGUGUUCUUUUAUUCCAAAAAAAAAAAAGAAAUAUUUUGGCACUUUUUAUUUUGAAAGCCAUAGUAUAUUUGUUAUGAAAAGAAUAUAAAUAUAUAUAUGUAUACAAUCAAAUAAACAGAUGACCAGAGGCUAGUUUUUGUCAGUGGGGGGAGGAACUCUCUUGCAAACAUAAUUUCAUCAGAAACUCAUUUCCAUCCUCUGAAGAUCUCAUAAAAUGAAGGAACCCCCCCCACCCCCAACAGUGAAACAACAAAUCAAGAUGAAGUCAAAUGCGCACACACACAAAACAGCAUUAUACUGUAUGCAUUUACUACCUUGAACUUAACAAUUUCAUAUCUUUUCAUGACAAACACACACAGUAUAUUUCACAGUAACUACAUCGAGGUUGGACAUAAGUCUCCUGUGCAUGGACACCAAGGGUGGUGUGGGGUGGCGGGAAAUGUUGAAGCCAAAUCAGGGUGAAAAGUGGCUUCGAUUUGAAUUGAUUGUGUUUUAAGCAACACAAAAUAUUGAUGUGGAUAAUGUCAUGCUUGACCUCUAUAAUCUUCUCAUGAGUACAAAGAUUGCUGCGGAAAUGCUUAAAAAAUUAAGGGGUUCAAAUGUUGAGUGAACAUUUCCUCAGACAAACCCACAGGCAUGUUGCAGUUCAGUACAUCUGAUGAACUGAAUGGCUUUAAAAAAAAAGUGUCAAAUGACAAUUUCCAGAUUUUCAGUGACCCGGCCUUUAGCUCAGACGCAUGUGGUGUGCAUUUCAACAUUUGAAUCUUUUUUAACUCUUCCUCAUGAAGCUUAUAGACAAAAUAACAAAAAGUUGCAUCUGAAAAAAAAGCGUCAUGGCAUCUAUUCGCAGAGGAUUUUUUCAUCCUGAAAUAAAGGCAGGGUUUUCUCCUCCCACUGUUGCUGUAAUGCCCCCCUGCUCCCUCGAUGGCAAGGCAGGGUGGACUGCAUGCUGUGGUAUGCCCUCAGUAGAAAUUUGUGAAUGUGUAGGAGCAUUAUUGCAAUUUUGUACUUAAUUGGACACUUUUCUUUUCGGCAUUCCUCACCCCCAUUGGUUAAGUCAAAUGUUAUAUAGAAGCCAUAUGUUUAUGUACUGCAGCCACAUCAGGGUAAAAAAUGGCUUUGAUUGGAAUAAAUUGUGUUCAAGCAACACAAAAUAUCGAUGUGGAUAAUGCCAUGCUUGACCUCUGUAAUCAUCUCAUGAACACAGAGAUUGCUGUGGAAAUGCUUAAGAUAAUGAAGGGGUUCAAAUGUUGAGUGCCAUUGCCUCAGACAAACCCACAAGCAUGUUGCAGUUUAAUAUAUCUGAAGAAAAGUAAAGUCGCAUUAUACAGGAGGAGCAGAAUUUGAGUGAAUUGCCUGAAGUUUAAUAUCCCUUUUCCCCAGUAUCAUAUAUUUUUUUUCCUUUUCAAACUGCAAGUAUUGUUCUUGGAGGUGUAAAAUUUACAUUUUCAGUGACCCGGCCUUUAGCUCAACAGCAUGUGAUGUGCAUUUCAACAUCUGAAUCUUUUCUAACUCUUCCUCAGAAAACAAAAUAACAAAAGGUUACGUCUAAAAAAAAAAGAAAAAAAAAGGGCAUCAUGGCAUUGAUCCACUGAGGCUUUUUUCAUCCUGAAAUAAAGGCAGAGUUUUCUCCUCCCACUGUUGCUGUAAUGCCCCCCUUCUCUCUCAAUGGCAAGGCAGGGUAGACUGCAUGCUGUGGUAUACCCUCAGUAGAAAUCUGUGAAUGUGUAGGAGCAUUAUUGCAGUUCUGUACUUAAUUGGACAAUUUUCUUUGCCGCAUCUAGCUGAAGUCUCAACCCCCUCCCCCCACUGGUUAAAUCAAAGGUUAUAGAAGCCAUAUGUUUAUGUUGUCCGUUUAUUUGGGAUGGUGGCUGAAUAAACCUUUGUCAGCUUCACUUAGUUUUCUGUUCAGGGCAAGGAUUGGCGGCCCUCAGUUAUUUUCACUCGGAACUGCUGUACAUCACCUCUGCAGAGGGGAAGCACAAUGACAUGACGUCCCUGCACAUGGACUCAAGAUCAUCUCCUGCUUGUGAGUUUCAUGUGGACACUUGGCUGAAUCCUGCUGAAGAGAUCCUUGUGUUUAACUGAAGAUUUUCUAUUAAAAUGCAUGAUUUUAGGCCCAAUCAAAAGUUAGCCAUGCAGAUCUCAAAGCAGGAUUUGGUCUAAACUUUUACUGUGUGUGUGUGUGUGUGUGUGUGUGUGUGUGUGUGUGUGCGUGUGUUUUAUCUCCAAGGGAAAUUGUGCCUUUUCGAUGACUGAUGUUAACAGUAAAUACAAAGUAGCAAUUUGGUAAACAGCAAUGAUGAGCUCAUUGAGAAAGGUAAUCUCUUAUUUGGAAUGACACCUUCAUAUCAAUGAGGUUAAAUUUGAAUGUUUGGAAGUGGAAAUCAGUCUUUCUGUGUGUCUGUGAACGUGUGUUUGUUGAAUCCCCGUGUAGACGAGUGUGAGUGCGCUGGGGGCAAAGUUCAGAUCACCAUAUUCAUGAAUCCUUUGACCCUAAUCACUACCUUGUCGAUAGCAGUUUUAAAAAAAUCUAUUCCGCCCACAUCCCACUUCAUAGCAGUUAUUAGCUUCAAACUCAUUUUUCCUGAAUAGGCCAACUUACACACACACACACACACACACACACACACACACACACACACACGAUGACGAUGGUGUUUCCUUGGAGAUGUACUGUGGGAGGUGAGAGAGUUGAGGCAUCUGUCUGCAGUCCAAUCCUCCCCUCUGCUGUUGCUACACUUUCUCUCCAUGAUCACCUCCUCCUUUUUUAUCCUGCCAUCCACCAUUUAUUGCCUUUUGUUCUUUUUCUCGUUUCUUUUUUAAAAACUAAAAUAUAUCAAAUAUAGGGAAACUUUACUAUAAAGAGGGUGUUGCAUGAAUGUAUGUUUACAUGAGAAAAAAAGAUGAUUUAUCAAAAAAAACUGCAAAGAUAAUUUAAGAACGUUGUUUGUAGAGAUUCCUAGUAAUAAAGGGGCAGUGGACAGGGCUGCGUCUUUAGAAUCUGCUCUGCCAAAUCUGACUUAAAUCCCAGCCAACCAACCACUCCCCAUCAAACCCCACUCCCAUUUUCAUCUUAUAUACUCCCAUAAACCCCUCCUCCCUCAGCGUUCAUCUAUACUCCCCAAAAAAUGGAAAAACACCCUCCAUCCUCUGUGCACCUAUAACCUUGACCUCAGUUACUAACGUCCUGGAUUUGAGUCCAAAGGAAAAGUGUCAGGCGCACUCUGUUAGCUUUUUGGGGAACACCUCCCGGUCUUGUCCCCCUCUCCUGUCAUUUUCAUCCAGCCUCAGCCUUUUUUCUCCAAAAUAACAUUUUUAUUCUAUGUUUUGAAUGUGUGUUAUGUUUUGAAUACCUUGUUUGUGCGCAUUUACAAUAAGAAGCGUUUUAAAUGCCUAAAGAGUGACGCAGAAUAUAGGAUUGAAAUGAUCUUGUACUCCAUCCUGACCUCUUAAUUUAUUUACUUUUUCUUGUCUUUUUUUUCUUCUGUUGACAUAUGAUGCUGUAAUGUUGGCAAAAAAGAAAAUGUAAAAUCCUGUAUCAUUUAUGAAAUAUGUAUAAAAGAGAUAUGUUAUUCAAUUAUCAAUAAAAUCCUUAUCCAGUUUUUGGA